CGUGUAAUAAAUGCCAAUGAAGUGCACAAUAGAGACAUUCCUCUAUAUUUCUUCACUAAAAUACAGAUUAUCAACCAGUUGCACAAACCAGGUGUUUGACCCUCCGUAAAAGCCAGUGAUUCAACUUUUAUUGUUAGCGAGACUCGUAAAUCAUUCUUUGCAGGUCUCCCUCUUUCUCUGCUCCCUCUUUCUCUAUUGCUAUUGCUCCAACAGCCUUCAUCUUACCGGAGGGAAUUCUUACCGAAACUUUUCAACUUUUCUCCACUGCGUGUAAUUCAAUCGGAAAUAUACCCGCGUAGAAUUUGACACGGAUAAAAUUUGGACUCGGUCCAAACCAACAACAAGUAGAAUUUGAAUUAAUUCGUAAAAUCUUCGCAACCACCGCUCUCAUAGUUUAUUUCUAAAUAUAUUAUGAGCGAAAUAUCAAUAUCUCGCUCUCUCUGGUGAUUCAACUCUCAUAAAUGCAAACCUAAAUACAAUUCUGACGCGAGUCACAACCUGGGUGACUUAAGAAAGCGGAGAAGUCAGUACUUACGACGACCAUCGAACGAACGAAUAUCGAGUUCUUCUUCUCUGUUAUUGUUAUUUAAUCGGCAUCGAUGUUACUAUCAUUAGCCGGAUAUCUACAGCUCAAGAAUGGCAACCGGGAAAUGAGCGUGUCACCGAGCACGAAAGAUCAGCCGAGCCUCGAGAUGGACGGAACGCGUCUCGAGGAGGACAACAGCUUGAAAGUGUCGCCUGUUCAGAACGUGGCCAGGCAGGAUUCAGGGGUCCCGGAGGAUCUCGCGUCGCCGCUGGCCGACGCCGAUAAGCUUCCCAACGAGGACCCGGAUUCCACGAUGAACAGCGACUGCAACAUCACCGUGAUCCACGUGACCGCCGAGUCGACGGAAGCGGGCAAACCUGAUCAUCCGGCUCUGAGCAACGACAAGAAGGAUUAUACGGGCGAGGGGAAGGAUAGCAAGGACGGAAGCGACAGUGGGGUGGAGGGUUGCGCCGCCGAGGUCCCGAGGGUACGAAGUCGAAACAGCAUCGAUUACGCGAGUAGUUGCGGCGGCCUUGACGAGGCGUCCUGCGAUUCCAGUCUAGUCAGCUGUUGCUCCGUGUACGAGGACCCAUGCGCAACUUUACCCGACGAUGUCAGGUUGACCACCGGUGGAGAGGGUACCAGCGAGGGCGGCAGCGAAAGUUCCUCCAUAGCGGGUAGCGUUUCCGCCCGUGCGAACCGAACCAACGUAAAGAGAACGAUACCCGCUUCUACCGCGAGCAAAAAGAAGGGAGCCGCGGCGGAGAGUCAGAAAGGGACGAGGGUAAAGCCGGCACCGUUGAUUUCGGCCGCUACCCCACGCUCCAAGCCGCGUACCGCUACGCCGAGGAAUAUUCUGAGCAAAGCGCAAGGGCCCGUGGCGAGGGACAGAGCCCGGUCCAGGGAGAAAUCGGGAAUCAGAGAAGGAAAUAAUGAUAACACGGCAAGUAACAGUCGAGUGUCAACGACAUUCCGUUCAGGUGCGACCCAAAUGCUGCCGCGAACGAGGACGAGACCUAUUCCUGAUUCACUGCCGUCUAUGCUCACCACAGAGAUCAACAAGGAUCUGGCGCAGCGUGGCCGAGGUCAGAGUGGCAGCUGCAGAUCCAGGGGUGGGUCCAGCACGCGUGGCGCUCGCACACCUAGCUCGACGCCGUCCGAAGAGGUUAGAAAGCCUCUGUCCACCGCCAGGGUGUCGUACGCCGGACGCGCACAGGUGGAAACCGCGAAACCUUCGUCUAGAUCGGACAAGAUGAGCGCGAUAAGCGCGGAUAACAAAGCUCUGGACGCGUAUGCCACGUUGCCCAGAAGGAACAGGAAUAAGAUGAGCAUCGCGAAGGUCGGCGAGAAGGGGGACAAAACGAUUAGAAGCAGAUCCGGAAGCAGAGACGCGAGUUUAAACAGGCAGGUUGAGAAGAAGGGUAACAACGCGAAAGAGAAUUCGGCGCACAAAAGUCUGCCACCCUAUCCGAGGCACAAGAUUGCCGAGAAGACGCGUAUUUAUCAUGAAACGAGCGUGCAAACUGGUCUGACCGGUCACGACAUCGAGAAUGCUUUGUCCGGAGUGCCGGGUGUUGUCACCGGGCCGGAAGUGGUCGAGAGGUUGCACGAAGGAUGCCAGACGGAGGGCACGUGGGAGGACAUGCAAGCGAUGCAGACUGACUUGAAACGAUUAAACGAAGAGGCGACGCAACGGAAAGAGGAGAACGAGAAGCUGAAGGCUGAAAUUGUCGAGGUGAACCGUCUUCUCAAAGAGGAACAGGCGGAUCACGCGUUCGCGCGCCAAGAAUUAGAUAGAAAUGCGCAACGAGUAUUGGCGAUGCUUGGAACUCCGCAAUCAGAGCAUGCAGAAGGGAGUGACAGUUUCUUGGAGUUGGAGUGUCAUUUGCAAUCGUCUGGACAAGUUGUAGCAAAUCAACAGUUGGAGAUAGCUGAUUUACAAUCUUUGUGCCGUAUGUUGAGUAGGGAUUUGGAGAAAAGUUUGGCUGCUCAGAAAGCGUUGCUACAACAACAACAAGAAUUGGAGGCAGAAUCGGCUGAGAUGCAAGAUUUUCUACAAGAAGAAAAAGCCACUUUGGCGGAUGCUCUAAAAGAGGCUGAAACAGAGCUUGCAAAAAAAGAAGAACUAUUAACGAAACGCGAAUUAGAAUUAGAAAGGCAAACCGAAGAAUGUAAGCAUUUAGUACGAAUUAGCGAACAACGAAGACAAGAAAAUUUAUCUAUGAGCAUGAAAUUAAAUGCAGUCGAACGACGAAGCAGGGAACUUUUACUCACACAGGGAGCUGCCGUUUCCGGAGCUGCGGUUGCGCUUUCCGGUCUUGGAACUAGGCUAGAAGGAUUAGUAGACCAAUUGAUAACAUCGUACAGUAUCUCAGUAAAAGAUCUUGAAGACGUGAUAUAUCACAAUGAAGCAUAUAGCAGAAGCAACAGUAGUGUCGAAUCGAGUCCAGUUAGCUCUAAGCACAGCCUGAAAGAGUGUACACCAAGUCCAAAGAGUGGAUCUUUCGUUUCCGCAGUGAUUGGAGCGAUCCGGAAUGCGGCGACGCAUCCUUUUGCAACGAAAAACACUGAUAAAAAAUCUUCUUUAGAAUCAGCCAAACAAAUAUAUAAAGAACUAAGUAUGGAAUCAUCGUCUGAUUUGCUCGAUUUUGAAACCGAGCCAUGCCUGAUGAUGGAAAGCGUGUUAGAGGAUGUUCCCUUACCCGAUACGUACUCGCACAACAUGGUGUCGAGUAGCGAUUCCCUUCGCAGAGCUUUAAGCUUUCCGGAAACCGUGGACGAAGGUAAUCUCAAAAAGACGCGUACCAAUGAGGAGUGUUCAAGUCUUACGAAUCUCACACAGGCAAUUUUGCAUCGUCGUAAGGUUGAAAAUGAGGAAGAUGAUGAUUGCGAUUCUAUCAGCGAAUCUGAUACCGGUACGAAUGAUGGUCCGUUAGCUUCGGAUUAUUGUCCGGCUGUUAGUCUUGUUGAUCAAGUUAUUGAUGUAGAUAAUCUUGUUACGAAAUUACUAAAAGUAUUGCGAAUAAUACAGCUCGAUAAUGAUACAUGCAUACAGGAGCUGAAAGAAGAGAAGUCUGAGUUGGAAACGAAAUUGGAAGUGACCGUGACGGAGUUGGAAGAAUUGCGUAAAAUUGUGGACAACUUGCAUCAAUCGGACGAAAUUCUGAGCAACAGUUCGGACAGGAGACGUAGCGUGAUGGAAAACUGUCGUUUGCUGAUCAAAGAGGCGGGUAAGGAGGAAUUAAAAUUUGACGAGCCCGCAGUUGGUAAUAAUAGUGGUCCUGGAGGAGCUACAAAUUGUGAAGAUCUCAACGCGAACAUAGCCGCUCAACCAUCUUCCUAAACACAUUUCCUUUUUAUUUUUUAUUUUUUUUUUCUUUUUUCUUCUCCUUUUGUUGUUAUCAUCUCUUUUAUCUUUGACGAUGUAAAUCUUAUUAUUGAUUCUAUCUGGUUUCAUAAUCAUUCGUUGUUGAUGCCAAGAUAAGAGAGCUACGUCGAAAAUCGCUCUAAUGCGUAUCAUCUGAAAGAAUCGAGUCUCUGAAAGAAUUGAUGCUCGAGAUAGUAUAUUCAUAUUAACUGUUUUUUUCGACGAUCGUGUUAAAGUGAUUAGAUGAUAUCGUAGAUCAUAAAUAAUAGGCAUUUUGCGUGUGUCGAAGUCAUGUACAGCUUUCUUCGUGCCGUCAUAUUACGAAAGAUAUUCAUGCGUAUUGCUUUAGUAUAUUUUAACGUUGAAAGACUUAUAAUAUGUGUACAUAACAAAAUAAAUUUCUCCUCAUAAUUUCAAAAUUGGAUUACGUAGUUAAUAAUUCAUGAUUCGAUAUUUUAACGUAUAACUUAGGCUUUCACAAAGAUAUAAUAAUUUAAAUAUUGCCCUUGGAGUCAUUAUCAUUCAUUUUAUAAUAGUCAACUAUCUCACAUUAAUAUUAAACGCGAUAAGAAGAAUAUAUAUAUAUAUAUAUAUAAAGGAAUUCCUUAAGAAUAAUUAAUUGCAUUGAUAAAUGAAUUUCCUUUUUCAUGCCCACCGAAUUCCAUUUUCAAUAUUCACGUUUAUAUAUGUUAUUAAUAACAAAUCUUUUUUUAAGAGUAUUAAUCCAUGUAUAGAAAGGAAUGCGGAUAUAUUGUAAUGUACCUCCGUUUAUUGCUUAAUUCACUUUUUCGUUGGAAUAUUGGUAAUAAAAGUACGGACAAUGUUUAAUCUUCUAAAACGUGAAAUAACAACAGGGUACAUUAGUUUUAUAUUACAUAGCGAGGAUUUGCGGUCAUUUUAAUUAAAUAUUGAUGAAUAUGAAUCAUUCAAAUAAAAUGAAAUAUUAUAUUAUUCAUAAUUGGUUGAUUCAUCAUUUGUCGAUAUUUAAAUAUCCUUGCUAUCUUAAACGUAAUUACAAACUUAUUCGGGAAUAUCUUUCGUUAAUCUUUAAUGAAACAUCUUUAAUAAAAAAAAAAAAAAAUGAAAAUGAAAAUGAAAAUAAACAAAUCGAUAUUUAUCCCAAUGAAAAAUUAUUCCCAAAAAUGAAAUGAAAAACGAAUUCAAAAAGAGAAACAUACAUCUUAUUCCCAGAGCUGCUUUCUAUUUUAAUGGUGAGAUAUAUUUGAAAAACAUAUUCUUGUACACGCUUCCAUAAGUAUCCGUCGACUAAGUUUUUGAAAACAUUGUAUAUACAUAUAUGUAUGUAAGUGGAUAUUGUGCAACUUACUCUAUUUUACUCUGAUUCAAACUCAAAAGAUUUUUUUUUUAUAUAUAGAUUUUCUUUCCUUUCUUUCCUUCAAUACUACAGGUUAUUUACUGUGUAUCGCAAUCUGUAAAGUUUGUGUGAAAGUGAUUUUUUUUCGUAUCUUUCUUUCUUCUUCUUUUUUUUUUUUUUUUUUUUU